UAAGUAACACAUGCCUAGACGGGACAUUGCCGCUCUACAGAUGUCAGCGACUGCGACCCAUCCCACGUCGUUGUCUAUAAACACAUAUAAGAUAACGUGGGAGCUGCGUUUUCUUCGCAAUCGAUUUCAAUUUUUUUAAGAUCUACAUGAAGUACAAAAUGACGCAUCGCAGCAACGGACCAAAGCGUUCGAUGCCACAUCUAGGCAUUAUUAUAUCUAUGCCAUGAAGUACCAGAAGAAGUAGAAGUGACCCGGAAACGUUAGUUCUGUCAGGGGUGUUUUGAAACAAUUUGUAAUUUCUAGUUCGCCAGAGGUUAGUUUUAAGAGCCUAAUAUUAAUACACAAAGAAUUGAUGUUUAACUGGAGACAGGUGUGAUGUGCAGUGAUGAACGGCAGCUCGAACCCGCCUCUGGAUAAAGACGAGCAUGUGUUAAAGCUCGGAGACAGUUUUGAGAAGAGACCAAAAUCAUCUUUUCACACCAUCAGAUAUGAUUUUAAGCCAGCAUCGAUUGAUACGUCUUGUGAAGGAGAUUUACAAGUAGGAAAAGGAGAUGAGGUCACCAUCACAUUACCACACAUACCAGGCUCCACUCCACCAAUGACAGUGUUUAAGGGCAACAAAAGGCCAUAUCAGAAAGACUGUGUGCUGAUCAUCAAUCAUGACACUGGAGAGUUUAUGUUGGAAAAGCUCAGCAGCAGCAUACAAGUCAAGAAAACAAGAGCUGAGGGCAGCAGUAAGAUCCAGGCUCGCAUAGAGCAGCAGUCUGUGAGAACUAACCAGCUGACACCACAGUUUCGGGCCCCUGUCAAGCCAGGAGCAGGUACUAAGACCUCGCCGACUAAGGACAACCCUUCGCCUGAGCCUCAACUGGAUGACAUCAAACGAGAGCUGCGUGCCGAGGUGGACAUCAUUGAGCAAAUGAGCAGCAGCAGCAGCUCUUCAGACUCUGGCAGUUGUUCUGGCAGCGGUGACGAUAGCUCGUGCAGUGAUGGGGAACAGGAAGCUCAUGUCUCACCCAACAGGAACAGCGUGGCAAAUGGCACAAACACAUCACAGGCUAACAACCAGUUGAUGAAUACACUGAGGAACGAUCUUCAGCUGAGUGAAUCUGGCAGUGACAGUGAUAUCGACUGAUCUACUCUUUGAUGUCUUGCUAUUUAAAUAAAUUGUUCUUUCUGUGUUUUAUAUGUUUAGUAAUACUUUGCAGUGAUGUUAUUUUUAGCUUUAAUGGUUCCAUAUUACAGGACAGGGAUUUCCAACUCUGUUUCUGGAGAUCUACCCUCCUACGUACUUUAGUUCCAACCCUUGGUUACUGAAGAGCUUCAUUAGUUGAUUUAACGUUUUUGAUUGGGGUUGGAGCCGAACUCUGCAGGAUAGUUGCCCUCCAGGGACAGGAUUGGAGACCCCUAUUUUAUACGAUUUGGAGGAGAAUGUAUUAUUAACUUUUUUGCAUGUAGUGUAAAAUUUGUUUCUAAUGCAGAGUUAAAUAUUUGAAAAAGUAACAAAAACCAUAAAGUUUGAAAUUGCCCUGUAUGGUUCUAAAUGUUUAUCUGUAUUUUUAUUAACCUUUAACCAGUCACAUAGUUUAUUCUUCUGUGUUCGUUGUUACAUACAACAACAUACAGGCUGCCUGUAAAACAUUUUUAGCAAUACCUAAAGCAGAUUGAAGUUACUUGUUUUUUUAUUUUAUUUAUUUUUAUUUUAUUUUUUGGAGGAAAUGAGGGUUAAAUUCAGAUGAUGUAAUUCUUGUUUGCAAAGCCCCUUUUUAAAUCUGUAAUAUGACUUGAUUUUCUGUAAUAGUUUGUGGGGCUGAUUUUAACUAAAUGGAAAUCUAUGGAUUUAAACAGUGCAAACUAGUUAAAUGAUGAUGUAAAUGAUGUAAAAAAGUACAAAUCAGAUUAAUUAAAUGUGUAUUAAAGUGUC